GGCAGAAUUUGUGGACGCGGAUGCUCCGGCAGGAUGUGCGGGGCGGCGGGCAGUGUUUAGGGGCCAGGCUGCACGGCGGAUUUAGUGCGCGGCGGCCCGGCGAAUUUGGGGGCGUGGCCGCUCCGGCAGGAUGUGCCGAGGCUGCGGUUAAGGGCGAGGCUGCUCGGCGAAUUUAGGGGCGUGGUGGCUCCGGCAGGAUGCGCGCGGCUGCGGUUAGGGGCGUGGCGGUGUUUAGGAGCGAGGCUGCCCGGUGGAUCUGGGGGCGCGCCGGCCGGCGGCGAGUAUCUGAGCAGAAGGAGCCGCGUGAGGAGAAGUUUCACGGCAAUAGGGAGCAAGAAGCCGCCAUCUUUCCGAGUCGCGACCUCGUGUGCAGGUAGAGGCGGCCGCAAUGGCGCUGUGGACUGGGCUAGGCCAGGCGGCGACGGUGGCGCAGCUGGUCGGCGCCGACGUUGGCGGCCUCAUCUCUAUGAUCAUGCAGGCUGCACUGACUGCAAGGCAGAACAGAAAGGAGUGCGAGCAGCUCGCGCGCCGGGUCCUCAUGAUCGCGCAGCUGCUGCCGCACGUGCAGGACCCGGAGGCGGCGCAGCAGCUGGCCGGGCUGGGCGACACGCUCCGGGAUGCCCACGAGCUCGUCGUGUCCUCACAAGGGAGGAGCGCGGCGUACCAGUUCGUCAUGGCUGGCAGGCAGGCCGAGAGGUUCAAGGAGGUGCAGAGCAAGAUCGACUUCUACCUCAUCCUCUUUCCCGUCAUUAGCCACAUCGGCAUAACACGCCGCCUAGAGAGAAUCUACAACGUCCUCGUGCAAGAUGACUCCACCAGAGCUGACCCAUCAUCUCAACUUCCACUGUCAUCCCAGCUGCAGGAUUCUACAGAGGUCACUCAGGAGGAGGUAGUUCCACAUGGAACCCAGGAAUUCACGUUAGCGGAGAUAAUGGCUUACACCAAUAAAUUUUCGUGUGACAACCUGAUUAGUGAAGGUAGCCAUGGAAAUGUGUACCGUGGCAGGCUUCACGAUGGGCGAGAGGUGGCUGUGAAGCGCAUGGUGAACAUGCAGUUGACCAAUUUACAUGAGGAAUUCGACACGGAGCUUGCCAUCCUGUCAGGGCUGCAACACAAACACAUCAUCCGCCUCCUUGGAUCGUGUGUGACUCUGAGCAAGGACAAGCGCCUGCAAGCCACCACACUGAAGAGGAAAAAGGGCCUGCUAAAAAGGUGGAGAAAGGAACCGGAAGAGUCGGAAGAGCCGGAAGUUCUGGAGAGGCUUAUCGUUUAUGAGUACAUGGAGAAUGGCACGCUCUUCAACCACCUGCACUCUGACCAUGGCUCAUCCGACCUGUCGCAUGUGACUUUGUCGUGGAAGAUGCGCAUCAAUGUGCUCCUCGGCGUGUCGCGUGCCAUGGAGCACCUACACUGUCAUGCCAACCCACCUAUCAUCCACCGUGAUAUCAAGUCGGCUAACAUCCUUUUCGAUGCCAAUUGGGUUCCGCAUUUGUCAGACUUUGGCUUGUCGGUCGCGUGGGACAUCGCGAGUGAUGAGUCAGACAUGGAAGUCUCCGGAAUUGCAGGCACAUAUGGGUACAUAGCCCCCGAGCACAUAAUGAAUGGUCGUCUAAGUCUGGCGAGUGACGUGUACAGCUUAGGCAUGGUGAUGCUCGAGGUUCUUACAGGGAAGAAGGCAUAUUCUGAAGAGGUGACAUUUGCAGAUCUCCCCACCGUACCGUGUCAUUUGGACAUGCGACCUGUACCGGAGCCAACACCAUGGCAGCUUCAGGCGCUGAAGCGUGUGGCAUGGACUGCACGAUGCUGUGUGAAGUUGGAUGCAAAGGACCGGAUGGCCAUUUCAGAGGUCGUUGCCAACCUUGAGAAGGCACAUGAGUUGAUCUGCAGAGAUGAGCCAGGUUCAGUAGAUGAACCAGAUUUGUUUGACGAGUUGCCAGACUCACCACGUGCCAGCAGCGUGUCAUCAGAAGGCUACCGGUCCGAUCUGGAACCUGAGGUGUUGGAGGAGGGGCGUUGACACUAAUCCUUGAAGGCGGUCUCUGGCUUCAAUCACCCGAUGAGCAUCCUGCUAUGACACGUAGGUAAUGCCAUAUUUGGGUAAUCAACAUGCGCUUGUUGGCAUGGACGCCUUAGCACAUCCUCAUAACAAGCAAGGCACCGGUUAUAGCACAUAUUUGUAUGGAAGAUAGCACGACAAUAUGCAUGUACUUCAGAACUGAGAUAGGAGAAGUGAACCUAAAUAAAUUUAGAGAGUGCAGUUAGACAAGACUACGAACAAUUUGAGCAAGACAACAUACCAGUUCAUCAUGUCUAGUAUUUGAGCAAGCUAGUAAAGAAUGCAGCUCAUAACACACUGUUUUCUUUAGCAGAUGAUGUUGCCAUAC